GGAAACUGUGGACUCAAAUGGCUUCUUAUCCCUUAAUUCAUAUAUAUGACGCACUUCUGUUCGAUGAAUCUUGCUAAGGUUCCCUUGCGGAUAUUUCGCAAGGCUCUAAUAAUAAACAACGAUGUGACAUAAAAGACCGCGGCGCUUUAACUCUCGAAAAUUUCGAGCUUCCAUACAAAUACACGUAAUAUAUACGGUAAUUGUGCAAACUUUCAGCGCUUUAUUCGAGAUUGAAAUGAGAAGAAGCGUUUACUGAUGAGCGUGGUUCCGGAACAACGCGUUGAUUGUCGACAGACGAUCGCAUUGGGAGCUAAUCCCGCGGAGUUCCCGUACAUUUCGGCCAUGUCUAGACGGUUUCUGUACUUCCGUCGACGUGGAAACAGGAUGUUCACUCCGAUGCAAAUCAUUGUGACAGUGACGAUUUUCUUUUGCUUCCUCACGUUUUUGGCGGUGCAUCGGAUUUGGCAUGUUGAACGCACUCUGUUUCACGAGGAUCAAGUGCGAGCGUAUUUUACUUCAGAGCCAGUGAAGAAAAUUUGGGUACGGUUUGAUGCGCCUAGUCCGCCGAAAAUUUCCCAGUUGGGCAAUUUGCUGUCACAUUUCCGACAAUUCGGCGCUGACGGGAUAAUAGUUGACAUUCAAAGCAGUUUGGAGGACCUGUCCAGUGUCGAGCAGGAUUUCGAUCGUGCUGACGUGAAUAAUAAAGCGUCCGGUGGUGGCCAGAAAAUCGGCAUCGACGGGGACCAAGAUGGCGUCAGUUCUGAACUGACGGAUUUCUUCUACGCGGCGACAGAAGCGGAUUUUUCGGUCAUUCCCAUGACCCCUGAUCCAAAAUCCUCCUUGUUCUACCUCGGUGACAAAAUAACCGAACCCGUCAACUUGACCAGUUCCCUAGGCGCAUCUCACUCCCUCUCGGAUCCGUGUCACACCAAAUGCCUAAAAAAGCUCGUCAGAUACUUUGAUCAGCUUUUCGAAUUCUUCACUUUGCACGAGAUCACUGCCCCAAGCAAAUUACUCAUCACAGAGCCCUGCAUCUCGUUCGUCACUUUAUGCGUGCAAAGUUGUCGUCGGGCUCCGGCGACCGUGCAAAACCCCGUGGCUCCUCUGCUCUGGAACGAAUACGUGAAACUAUUUGAACUGAUUUCUGAAGUUUUGUGGAGGCGAUCGCGGGUUGAAGCAAUCUUGGACGGACUUUACUUCGAGUCUCUAGUGACCCCGAACGAUUUGAGUGCUUUUUCGCGCGGAAAACUUGCCAAAAUUGAAUUUUUGCUGGGGUUUUUGGACCGAUACGCGGGCUUCUAUGAAGACUCGACGCGAGAUCCGUCAACUAAGAUUGCGAAAGCUGUGCGUUCUUCGCAUCCUCUGUUAUUUGCGGAGUUGGAUCUGCCUUUGACCGAGGACCAAUGGUGCAAAGCGGAAUUCGUAAAUGCGAACGCUUUGGCGGAUUGCGCCACACAUUUUUCCGAGUUUGGGCUUGACAAACUUUUGGCACGACGGGAAUUAGUCUGGAAACUUAGGGAAACCACGGUGUGGAAAGGUUUUGUUGUUAGAGUUCACGGAGGGCCUUUCGGAAUAUUGCCCUUUUCUGUGCCUUCGGCUCUGGCUGGCCUCGCUGCUGUCAAGUCGGGAAUGUCGAGAGACGGAGUCAGAGAAACCAUUGCCUUGGAGAAAGUUGCUUGUAAUUUCCUUUUGGAAAAUCCGCAAGAGACAAUAAAACAUCUGGAGAGGAAGGGUUCUCAUUUGCCAAAAAAGCCGCGAGCUUGUCAUCCGUUUCACGGGACUCAAACAAUCGCGGAUUUCACUCAGGCCAUUCGGCUGAUCAAAUCUCACGAGGUGUCUUGUGUUCGCGGAACUGCAAGUCGUGGUGUCACGCACGGAUUAUUUUUCAAUGCUCGGAAUUCCGAGGCAGUUUGCGCAGAUUUAUCCUUGCAAACGUGCCGAAUGGAACAGGCAGUUUCGCGAGACUUAAAGAAAUGGCACGAACGCGCAGUAGUGGAAAACUGGGCAGCGUUUGCGUUCAAAGUGGCUACGAUCAAAUGUCCGCUCGUGUUUGUAGAUUGAGUGCGAUGACUUUCUUAUUUCAAAAGAGUUUAUCCCCGUCAAUUUUCGUUUCUUGCGUUUUUCUUUCGUCUUUUGUCAUUUCAAGCGAUUUUCGAAUGUGAUUCGGACGCUUUUGAUAGUACAGUACUUAUAAACCCACAUACUGUAUAUUUAUAUGCGUGAUACACGUACUUUCUGAAGGAUAAUAGAUAAUUCCCAAAAGACGAA